AUGUCACUACAGCUUGGAGGGAGACAUCUUUGGAUGAGCUUCCUGGUGGUGGAAAAUUUGGACGAAUCCGAUCAAGUCAUCCUGGGAAGGGACUUCGUACGCAACUUGGAUGUCACGAUCGACCUCAACGACGGGUUGAUCAGGAUCAAAAAUCCUGAGAGGAAGUAUGAAAAGAAACCUCCUAAUAAGAUCUUAAUUAACCAGGCAAAGGUGCCGAUUUUUCAUGAUCGAAAAGUUAUUUUGAAGCCAAACCAAGCCGUGGUAGCGACGUUGAGGAUGAGAAAUUUAAAUAAACUCAGUAAUGACAGACAGGUGUGUCUGGUACCAAAUCCGAACAAACACGAGAUUGAGAUAGACGAGGGCUCGGUACUUCAUAGGGAAGGGGCGAGCAGAAUGACCCCACAUAAGCCAGAAGCGUGCAGGAAAGAGAUCGAGAUGUUAAUGGAGUACGACAUGAUUGAGCAGUCGAAGUCCCCAUGGAAGCAAGAUCGCGAGAAAACGGGCUUCGCGUGCGAGCUGGGAUUGUUCCAGUGGAAGAGGAUGCCGUUCGGAUUGUGCAAAGCGACGGCCACAUCCCAGCGACUGAUGGCCCAGGCCCUCACGAAAGUAACAAAGAAAUACGGGAACCUCAACAUGUGUUACGUCGAUGAUGUCGUGAUCGCAACACCAACCCUGGAGGAUCUUAUAGAGAGGUUGGAUGAGGUGUUUGCUUGCAUGAAACAAGCGGGCCUGAAGUGCAAACCCUCCAAGUGUGAAAUUCUUAGAGACUCAAUAAAGUAUCUAGGCCGCCUUGUGGAUAAGCAUGGUGUGAGACCGAAUCCGGAAGCGGUCGAGGCGGUCUUGACCUGGAAAGCACCUAAGACAGACAUACAGCUGAUGAACUUUUUGGGGUUUGCUAACUAUUAUCGAGGAUUCAUCAAAGAGUACGCCGAUAAGAUAUAA